AUGGAAAUUGCAAAAGACGCAUCUAUUUUACACUUCAUUUCGGAUGUUUUAAGUAUAAUCACGAUCUCUACGUGUUUCAUCUUGAAAAUCCCACAAAUUUUGAGCAUUUUGAAGGUUAAAAAUGCAAACGGCAUUAACCUUGUAGGAUUAUUAAUGGAAUUAACAAGUUACACUAUAAUGUUUUCGUACAAUUUCCGCAAUCGUUACGCCCUUCUAUCAUACAUGGAGUACCCCAUCAUUCUUAUCCAAGAACUUAUUUUAAUACUAUUUGUUAUGUACUACAAGAGUUGCCUAAACGUUUAUAGUGCAGUAGGUGCAGUUGUUUAUGGUUUAGCUGCCGCUGGCCUUCUACUAGGCACAGUCCCAUUAGGUGUUAUAGCCUUUCUUGUGCCACUUUGCACGCCUAUUGGGGCUUCCUCAAAAGUUGUACAAUUAUUGGAAAUCUUAAGGACAAAAAAUUCAGAGUCAGUCAGUGUUCUUACCUGGUUUAUAUCAGCGUUCACGAAUUUUACGCGCGUUUUUACCAUUUCGGUGGAUUCAGCAGACUUAACUCUUCUGUUAAAUUUUGGUGUUAAUGUUGUUUUAAGUUCUUCCGUAAUGAUAGCAGCUUACGCAUAUAAACACCCUAAAAAAGACUAGAUAAGGUUACCUAAAUUCGUUGUUAUGUUUCACUAGUUUUUUCUAGUGCCAAUUUAAAUUCUAGUAUUUAGGGAGUAGGGUGGUUAACUAACUGAUCUUGGGACAUCUAAAUGUUUUUUUUUUAAGUUAAGCCACCCUUAAACUGUUGUUAAUUGCCUAAUAAUUUGUUGUUAAUUAAAUGACAAUUUAUCUUGGAGUGUUAGCUUUGACCCCUUUUUAUGUGAUAGUUUGCAUAUUUAUUUUGUUCCAAGCACAAUAAUUGUCUCUCAGGUAUAAUUUAAGUAUAAGUACAUUUUAUUUUUUAUUGCAUAAAAAAUGGUAGCCUGACUUGAAAGAAAAAAUCCAUUGUUCCAAAUAGUCGGGAUAAUUUUUUUUGCAAAUAUUUAUUUUACACAAUCACUUGUAGGAACUUUACACAGAAAGAAUUAGAAUCAUUUUUAAUGAUUAUUCAUUAUUACUUCUCUAAUGAAUCUCAGAUAAAAGUAAAAAAAUGUAUUAAAAUAAGUCUUUUUUAAUUGACAAAAAUGUUGUAAUUUUUGUAAGGAAUUAUUUAAAUAAUACAUAAACUCAUUGUUUUGGGUAUUUCUAUUCAGCUGUGAAAGAUUGAAAAACCUAAUUACACACAAGAUAAUUAAUUUUUUAUUUUACUCUAAAGCACGCCGUUUUUACCAAACUGAUUAGUUCCUCUCAGUUAAUUACAAGCAAUAAAUUAAGCUCAAAAAGCAGAAAAAUCGAAACUAUUUUUACCUGAUUGGGAUACCGGAUGCCUGCUCCACAUAUAAUUUAUUCAAGAAUGCCGUUGUUGCAAUAAGUAUUUGUGCAAUUAUCAGGUUUAGCGUUUAAAAGACAUUAUUUUAAUGUAAAGUUAUAUUUUUGUAUGAGGAUUGUUAUAGUUUUACUGGUUAAAUAAAAUCAUAAAAAUCAA